CGGAGGGGCCUGCGAGCCGCUGCAGAGCCGCGCGCCGCUCGGGCGGGGCGGGGCCGGUCGAAAGAGUCCGCGCGUUCCCGCGUCGAGCUGUGCCCCCCGGCGGCUGCGCUGCUCGCCUGCGGCGACGUCGCCUCCGAGUCUCCAACAUGACCGAGCUGAGGCAGAGGGUGGCCCACGAGCCGGAUGCACCGCCCGAGGACAAGUUGUCACAGACUUUCACUGAUGCUGCAUUUGAUCGUCUCAACAACGGUGCGAGAUAGGGAGUCCUUUCCCCACUGUGAAGACCAGAUGUGGAGGCCUAUGCUGAGUGGCAUGAGUGUCAGAGCCAGCCUGGGGCUCUGCUGUCCUGAACUGGCAGCUGCCUCCUUCUGCAGAGAAUUUUCCUUGACAUCUGCCUGUCUCGCCCCAGAGAAGCAAACAGAUCAACGUGUUCAACACCUGUGAUUCUUGGUCCAGCAUGUGCCUUUCUUGUGGGCAGGCACUUGGGUUCCAGGUCCCUGCCCGCUAUGGAAGCUGCCGCCAGCACUCAGCUUCCUUUACCCAGGAGUCAGAGUCAGAAGCAAAGUUAGAUGGAGAGACUGCAUCGGACAGCGAGAGCCGGGCAGAACCCGCUCCCCCACCAGCCUCUGUAGAUGAUACCCCGGAGGUCCUCAACAGAGCCCUUUCCAACUUGUCUUCAAGAUGGAAGAACUGGUGGGUGAGAGGCAUCCUGACUUUGGCCAUGAUUGCAUUUUUCUUCAUCAUCAUUUACCUGGGACCAAUGGUUUUAAUGAUAAUCGUGAUGUGUGUUCAGAUUAAGUGUUUCCACGAGAUAAUCACGAUUGGCUACAACGUCUACCACUCCUAUGACUUGCCCUGGUUCCGGACCCUCAGCUGGUACUUUCUACUGUGUGUAAACUAUUUCUUCUACGGUGAGACAGUGACAGAUUACUUCUUCACCCUGGUCCAGAGAGAGGAGCCUUUGCGGAUUCUCAGUAAAUACCACCGCUUCAUUUCCUUCACCCUCUAUCUGACAGGAUUCUGCAUGUUUGUACUGAGUCUGGUCAAGAAGCAUUAUCGACUGCAGUUCUACAUGUUUGGCUGGACCCACGUAACGUUACUGAUUGUUGUAACUCAGUCACAUCUCGUUAUCCACAACCUGUUUGAGGGAAUGAUCUGGUUCAUUGUCCCCAUUUCUUGCGUGAUCUGUAAUGACAUCAUGGCCUAUAUGUUUGGCUUUUUCUUUGGUCGGACUCCACUUAUCAAGCUCUCCCCGAAGAAGACCUGGGAAGGCUUCAUCGGGGGCUUUUUUGCCACUGUGGUGUUUGGCCUUCUGCUGUCCUAUGUGAUGUCCGGGUACAGAUGCUUCGUCUGCCCCGUGGAGUACAACAACGACACCAACAGCUUCACUGUGGACUGUGAGCCCUCGGACCUGUUUCGCCUGCAGGAGUACAACAUUCCUGGGGUGAUCCAGUCAGUCAUUGGCUGGAAAACGGUCCGGAUGUACCCCUUCCAGAUUCACAGCGUCGCCCUCUCCACCUUCGCCUCGCUCAUCGGCCCCUUUGGCGGGUUCUUCGCAAGUGGAUUCAAACGAGCCUUUAAAAUCAAAGACUUUGCCAAUACCAUUCCUGGCCACGGAGGCAUCAUGGAUCGCUUUGACUGCCAGUAUCUGAUGGCCACCUUUGUCAAUGUGUACAUCGCCAGUUUUAUCAGGGGCCCUAAUCCAAGCAAACUGAUUCAGCAGUUCCUGACCUUGAGGCCAGAUCAGCAGCUCCACAUCUUCAACACGCUCCGGUCUCAUCUGGUUGACAAGGGGAUGCUGACAGCUGCCACGGAGGACGAGUAGGGGCCACCUGGGGCCGGGAGAGCAGGAGCAGGACUGAGCAAGGGGCAGGUCUCCAAGGCAAGCCCUGCUGGUGUGACUCAGACAAUGACAAGGCUUCAACUCACUGUCUUUCUUUCUUUCUUUUUUUUUUUUUUUUGGUAGGGUAUUUUUUAUUUGUGGAUUCAAAAAAAUCUGUAUAUACAGUCUAUGUUUAUGAUUUGGGUUGUGAGUAAGCUAUAGCUUUGAGUUGGAAAGAAGUCAUGGGGGUAAAAACCGUUUGAGUUUUUUAAAGAAACAAAAGUAUUUAACAAUCCAGAAGACAAUGUUGCCCAGCUCAGGAGUGUGUCUGCUUGGUGGUUCUAGCCCCCAUCAAUUGAACUGUUUCUGGGCUCAGACAAACACAGACAUGCAUCUGUGUCUGACCAGUUCAGGGGGCUUCCUCACCUGUGUCGGGGGGCACGGCUUGGAUGUCUUUGCUGUCCUGGAGAGCUUUCACCUGGUCUUUUCUAGCAACCAUGGGAGGUUGCCUUCUGUGGGAUGGAAGGAUGGAUUGCUUAUUAAGAGAGAAGCAUUCCGUCCACACGGAAAUCCUGCAAAGUAUAAAGAAGCUCUGCUUCAUAGUACGGUUUCACCUUACUUUAUCACAGACUGAAAGAAAGUUUCAGUUUUUAUUUUUUUCAGAAAGCACGAGAAAUUAUUUAUAAUAGUCUGGAGAAAAAACACACUGUAAUAUUUCAAGUGUAUGCAGUAGAAUGUACUGUAACUGAGCCCUUUCCCACAUAUUUUCGGCUCGAGUGUCUCCUGUAGGGCAGUCCAGCUAACUGUGUCUUUUUCAGGGACGAUGCCGUCACAUUUGUGCUGUAGACCUGCUGCUGCUGAAUCCUUCCCGGGGCUUUCCCAUCAGGCAGGGAGCAGAGGGCUUCUCACUCGUGCACCCUUUGCCUGAACACCCAUGUAGCUGCUGUGUUGUGUAUAUUUUCCUCUUAACGGUGUAUAUAUCUGUUUGUUUUAAAAAGUCAGUUAUUUCUCACAAUGAUUUUAGUUGCACCAUGACUUUUCACUGAAACCACAAAGUCCUGCUUAAAACUAUGGAAAACCUAGCCUGAUCAGAGGCUUGACUAUUUUGAAGAUUAAAUGCACACUUUUUAUAUAUAUAAUGUGACCAGUUUAAAUGUAUUUUGUAUUUGACUGGGGUACCUUCUGUUGUUGCUAUUUGCUAAACUGUGAUUUAUUUUUUUCCCUCCCUAAUUAUAAAGGUGAGAUUGACUUGGGGAAGACAGAUGAGUCCUAAGCGAUGGAGCGUGGGAGAGAGCAUUUGCUGCCCAAACGUGUUAAAUUAUUCUGUGCUGUGGUUGCUUUCACUUCCAAUGAGGGUGUAAUGACUUGCUUCAGCACAUUGGUCUAGUGGUGCUUUGUGUUGUUUCUGCUUGUAAAUUAGCCUUACUGCCUCCCUCAAAGCUCAUGGGCAACCCAGGUCUCUGAGGCGUGGGGCAGAGAACAGAGCCCUCAAAAUGUUUCAGUUUACGUAUCACUGUGUGACCUCCCACAUGCGUGCGGGGUUGAAGUGGCUUCUUUUCCCUGAACUUUCACUUCAUUUCAGCUUCAUGGCUUUUCUCAUUCAGGUCCAAGGCCUUCUUAAAAACAAAACACAUGUGACCCCAGGCUGGAUGUAUUGCUCUCAGGGGACUCAUUUUCCGUGCUGUCUUCCCAUUUCUCUAUCCUGCAACUCUGGCAGAGCAAGUUCACAUCGACAGAGGCUCCUGUGGGUAUUGAGUCACAUCCUGGGCACACAAAAAGGAAGCGGUUUCAGGCCUUUUCUAAAUGCUUGUCCCCAAGAUGAGUCAGUAUCUCAGCAACAAAUCUGAAGCAGUGAAGGUGAUCAGUAAUGGGACUGUAGUUUUCAGAUUGGAGAGUGAACCUGGGUCACCAACCUAGAUACCGAAGGGUGCCUACUUGUCUCUUCUGUCCCUUUGUGGGUAUAUGUGGGGUCCUUAGGAAUAGGGAGUCUCACUGGGGCUCAGCAGCAGAGACUGUCUCCAGUGGGACUGCCUUAGGGACCAGGAGCCUGGCAGCAGCAGGCAAAGUCUCGGUCCUUUGUGGCCGUGGUCACUGAGGGGUCCUGGGAAGCAGGAGCUGGACGCUCACUGGAGCUGUCAGCAGGAAGGCCAGAGGGUUCGCUUGGCCUUUAUUUUCUUCUGAUUUCCCCACGUGCUUUCUGGGGAAGAGGAAUUCCCCAAAUAGCCAGAAGAGCAACGCCACCUUGUGUCCAGAGUACACUGUUUCUCUUUCUCCUAAUAUUUACAGACAAGAUUCAAAAGGCUGUUUUAACAUACACCCGUGCAGAUCUUAAUGAAUGGCAUUGCUCGCUUUAGACUGAUUUUUUUUUUUUUGGUCAGAAAUAAAAUGUGACUGAAACCGUGUGCCCCUCCUUGUGUGAAUUCACUGUUUAUCACUUCCAUGCAUGGUUUGUGUUUCUCACUUGUUUAUGUAUUCAUCAAUACUUUGUGGUCCCGUUUUAGAGAUCUUUGUUUUGUUUUCCAGUUUGUGUCCUCUGCAUUCUCACAACAGCCUUCUGAGGUGCCUCAGGUGAGAGUCCUGAGCACCUGUGCACAGGACUAGCCCCGCUUGCCUCGUGAACGUGGUUUGAGCACACCUGGGGUGUUGCAGCUUCCCUUCUCUCAAGCUCGUGAGGCCUGGCCUGAGCCAGGUUAGAGCUUAAAUUGCUCUUAAAUCAUAACUGGUGAAGUAAGGAGUUGAUGAGGAAGGGGUCACAGACACCAGUGCUGACUCUCGAAAUGCAGCCUGGUGCCCUGACCCGUGAGUUGUACUCAUGACAGCUCACAGGGCACCAGGUCUUGCCCUGUGUGUGUGUUCGCAUGCCGCCCUCUGAACUGCAUUCAGCAUCGCGAGACUGCACGUUUGUGUUUUACUCCUGCAAGCGAAACCCUUUAAAGGCAGCCUGGGCCUUCGGUAUGUUUAUUAGUAUUUUUCCCUUUGCCUAUCUGCUUAUGUAUUGUCUGUUAAUUAUUUUUUGUCGGUUUCAUAUUCUGAGCAUUUUAGUAGCUACAAUAUUAACUACAUUUAAAAUGUAUCUACUCUUAGUGUUGUAUACUCUGUAAUGUGUAAGAACUAGUCUCACGUCCAUUGAAACUAGUCCUUUUUCAGAGGUGCGAAAUGCAACUUUUAACCUAUGCAGGUGGACUUUGAAACCAUUUUUAUGAAAUUUACUUUUUCCCACUCGGCUUUUAACCUGUAACUUGACCUAUAUUAUGCAAGAAAAUCCCAAAACUAUACUUUAAGGGAGACUACGCAGACCCUGUGAUUUGAGUUUAAGCUAGUUGUUGAGUUGGAGGGAGCCUGAUUCACAUGGACUCUUGAGUUGAGAUCUUCACACUGUCAGCGAACUCCUGGCGGGCUGAGGUCCAUCCUGCUGCUGACAGAUUUGGGGAGGGGGAGGAUUUGAACGGCUCAGGGCGAAAAUCAGCCUUGCUGGGGAGAACUGUUCAGCAGUGGCCUUGUUCCUUAUGAAGCCAGACCCAGGUGGAUUUCUGAGGGGAAGUAGAUUUUCAUUGCUCUACUAAGGGGAAUGAUUUCACUUGGACCCAGGUUCCUGUUCUGAGGGCAGGGUCGGGAGGAAAGGCUAGGGGAAGGCUGUCCAGGCGACUGUUGAGGACACAUUGCAAGAUGGUAGGCUGUGGGUGGACUCACACAUGUGCUUGUCUGGAGCACAGGGCUCCAGAGAGCAGCUGGAACACUGUCAGCUCCUGAACGCAGGGACUAAUACUCACACAGAGCCUCAUAGUCUUCCUUGUCUUGGCCAAAACAAUCUUCCUUUUCCUUUUAUCACCCUCCACACAGCUGCCCAGCUUCCACUUCUUAAAGAGUUAACAGUUCACACUUCCUGACUCAGUUCCACUUGUUGGAUAGGGCCUUGUGGCACGGCCUCCAUGGGUUGCUGGGGUUUGGACCAGGCGGUGACGAGGGAUUCUUAUUUCAGGGCUCUGCCUGGCCCACCUCCUCUUGGGCCUGGACUUUUCCCUCCCACAUCCCGUACAGAGGGUGGGCCGCGUUCUCAGAAGAGUCCCAGCUGCUGUUUCCAUUCCAGGUUAACCAGCCAGAUCACCUGGCUCUCAGGUGGAUGGAGGCUGUGCUUCUCAUCUGGAGCUGUCUCUUGAUCAAGGCUCUCACCUGUUUGCAUGGGCACCAUGUUUUCCAAGGCGCAGAGAUCUCUACUUUGAGGGAAGUUUAGGAGGUAUACUUUGGAUGCUGAAGUGUUGGGUGUUUUAGGGCCUGUGGAUGAUUUAUGAGAAUAGAGGCAGAACAUGUGCAGCCUAGGGUUUUAUGGCCAGUGGGUUUCAAAUCUGUUGGCUGUUUGAAGACUGUCCUCUCCCCUCCGCUUCUCUACGGAAGGCCUGUAUACUGAGGUUCCUUCUCUUUUUAUUCUUGAGCCAGUGAGAUAUCACGUGUGUUUAUUAAUGAUUACAAUAUAGUGCUUAAUAUGUGCCAGGCAUAAUGCUAAGGGUUUACAUACAUUAUCCUGUUUAAUCCAGAAAACAACCUUUGAUUGGGUAUUAUUAUCCCAUUUUAUAGAUGAGGAAACUGAGAGUGACUGAGGUCGAGAGCAGUGGUUAAGACAGACUUCAGGCUCAAAAGACCUAGUUCUGAGCAGGUUACUCGGCUGCUGCCAGCUUCCACCUCCAACCCAGCUGGCUCUGAUAAUAGUACCUUCUCCAUGGGGAGGUUGUGAGGAUUUAAUGAGAUAAUGCAUGUAAGCAUUUAGCACAGUGCCUGGCACAUAGUAAGCGCUCAAUAAAUGGUAGUUCCUUUUGUUGAACUCUGCUAGUAGUUUGGCCCACAUUGGUGUAGUGCCACAAACUGGGUUCUCAGUUACCACACUGCCACCACCCUGCACGCAGCCCAGGCCCUUCUGAGAGAAGCGGUCCAGACUCAUCACCCGUCUACGGUAUCUUGGGGCUUCACGUGUCAUUAAGAAGGCCAGCCUGACAAAAGGAAGGAGACUGCGAGGUGUUCAGAAGUUCUGUUCUUAACGGGAAGGGCUGGCCUGAGAAUCUUGCCCACCUCCCGUGCCUGUGGUCUGGACUGUCCGUGGGGAGGGGGCCGUUUCCUCUUGCCUGGUGGUGCGUCCACUCUGGGGGCAGUGAAGGGCUGUGUGUGACUCACCGUGGAUGCCGCCUUCCCCUCUGGCCAAGGGCUGCGCCCUGCACACACAGCUCAGGAACCUGCAGCAGGGAAGAGUGGGGAAGAGUGGGGAAAACAGAAACCUGCUGUGUAGGAGACCGGACAGACUAAAAGCCUAAAAGUCCUGCCCACACCUGUACAACGCAGCCAGUCUGGGGCCUCGUGUUUCAUUCUUUCUUAAAAGUAUGAACAGGAUAGAAGUGAGCCACCCAUUGGGGACAGAUGGUGUGGGGUGUUUCUGUCAGAUUCUAGGUUAGCAAAGGAUCAAAUGGGGGAUUCAUGAGUGGAGGGAGAACAGGCACAGGACUGGGUGAAAAAAGUUCCUUUAACUUCAUUUUCUGAACAGGGACAAGGGGGACUGGGGAGCGAGUGUGUGUGCGGCGGAGCUUCCUCACUCUACAGGAAAGGUGCUGGCUAACAGGCCCCGUGGAAUUCUGAAGCCAACUCAGUAAUAACAGUGUAGAACUACUGGCUUUACUGUGGGUUAUUUCCUGGGUGUUGGUGGGACCCAACAGCCUAUUGCUAGCAUUUAAAUAACGGUCUCUGUCCUUCGUUAAUUAGUGAAGUCAUGGUAAUGCCACGAAGCAGGAGAAGAUGGUGGUGGGGUUUUAGCAAACAGCGCUGUGACGGGCUGAUCCUGGGCUUGCCCCCGAGGGUCCCCUUGCCCUUCUGGGCUCAAGUUUGCCAGGCCUGAUGCUUUCUCCCUCAUUGUGCCAUCGAGUGGACCCAGGGCAGCCUUUUGUCCACACAAAGUCUCAUCACAGGGGGCGAGGGACCUCUGGACAUUGAGCUGAAGAUGCCCCUGCAGUGGUCACCCAAGGCACUGGCAGGGCCAGCUCUUUGCAGCCCCCAGUGGACUUUCUCUGCAUAAAGUGCUUGGAAGGUUUAGCCACCUGGUGAUUCCAUCCCAAGCGAAAUUGUGUUUGUUGAUGUCACCCACACAGCCGUCCCUGUCACUGGCUGUUGGGAUGCUUUCUGUCACUUGCGUUAGGUUCUGGUGCUGGUUUUGCUGGCUUUUCUGAAAGGAACACCGGAACAGAAGAGGGCUUAAGAAUGUUUUGUAGCGUGCAGAAUGUGCCAGUGUGUUUGAGUGUUCUUUGUGUGCUGUGUCUUCUAAAUCCUCUAUACACAGAGCACCGUGGGCCUUUAGCAAACCCUGCGUUUCUGUGUUGAUGGGCGUCUGGGGGCUGAUGAUGAAGGGAAAGAGCUGAACAGACAUCAGGGCCAAUGAAACCAAAGGUUGGAGCCAAGAGAACAAGUCGGGGAUUGGGAGGCAGCGGUUUAUUGUCAUCCAGCCAGAGGACUCCCGAAAAGCUGUAGGGGCAGCAGCAGGAGGAACACAGGGGCGAGGAGGGGGCCAGGAGUCUGCAACUGGGGGCUGACUCUAACUGAGGCAUCCCAGUGAAUGCUCAUGUGGGUGUUGGGACCAGAAAACUGAGCUCAGAAUACCCAUGCAGGGAAGUUUGAAGCUCAUGGAUUAUCUUCUAGAGUUGAUACUGAUUCCAAGUUUUAAUUUUUAUUGCUGUUUAAUACUUUCUAAAACAGACGGGGAAGAUCAGACAGGAACCCCUCUGUUUUGAAGAAACCCUGGUGUUCUUGGGUGAGUCAUGCACGACUGUGGACAUCCUUCUUAAUUCUGUCCACUUCGAGGAUUUGUUUAACCUGCAAGUUCCCCAGACAUAGACAUGGCCUCCCCACCCACUUUGGGGAGCUGUCUGUGCUUGGAGUGCCAGGCGGUCACAUGGGCCCAUCACUGCCAGCGUCUGUGCCUCCCAGAGAUCCACCGUGUCUGCCCCGGCCGUUCUGCCCCUGUGAUUGGGCGAGCAUCCCCUGGUCAGUCUCUCUGCCCUGCCCUUGGUAAAGUGGACGGACACGGUGGAAUCAGUUAUCUGGCACUGAUAGGCCAGGUGUUGAUAUUCAGUUUUUCCACCCUCAGACACGGGGUGACCUUGAAGCAACUCUUGGGUGUGUGGGUCCCCGUGACAGUCCUCACAGCCUCCCCAGGUAGGUGUGUGCCUGGGCGCUCCUGCUGUGCCGUCUCCCCAGUGUGGCGUUUCCCUAAAUCAGCGUUCUUCCUGCAGUUGAUCUUUGUGCACUUCGGAUCAGUGUUGACCAAUACGUGUAGGUUCUUUCUCCACAUAAUGUAAGAACAUGAUAUGCUGUACAUUGGAAAGUAUUUACCUUAUUUAUAUACCUGAAUGUUCCUACUACACAAAUAAACAUAUAUUAGAUUCUA